AUGGCUCGCGCUUUUUCCGUAAUCGCUUUGGGCCUGCUUUUUUCCUUGCCUUCGAGUUUGGCAAUCAGGACAAAAGUACCAGCGGAUGAGCCUCCGGCUACUGAUUCGGCACUUACCUCUAGUGCUUCGGUCCAGCGCCACUCUAGUUCAGUCGGAUUAGUUGAAGCAAACUGCGGUAGAUUAAGCGUUCGUGGCGGUCUGAAAGUGGGUGAAACUCUGAAAAUUACCGCAAAUGGAUGGGAAGACGGUAAUUCUGAUUUUGUUGUUGAGAUAGCGACUGAUAAUUCUCAGUCCAUGGCUCAGGCGAGAGAUUCACCAGUUGAAGGAGGCGCUGGUUUAGCUGGAGGGGGCAGUCAAGGAGGGGACGGUGCUGCAGGAGGUGCAGGCGAUGGUGGGAGCAUUAAGGAACAACCGUCAAUUCCAAUUGUCGGUGUCCGCAUUCCUGCCUCCACAAAUGAAGAUGGAAGUUCACGGCAACCGUCAGUGUUGCUCUACAGGAGAGGUGAGUCGACUCCAAAGGAGCUCCCGUUGGAUUCUCCAGCCGGGCCGACUUCGCCGUUUAUGGUCAUCUUUCACCAGAAAUCACAAGCAGAGAUGACUGUCCGACUCUUCACUUGGGUAUCGAGCGGAAGUGGAGCCGGCGGUUCAUGGCACGAGGCGUCUAUGGAUGUUAGUGUUGGGUUGAUCCACCGCGACGUCUUGGUCGCCACAAGCGAUUGCAAGCCUCAAAGCCUUCGACUGUAUGGAUCAGCAUCUGCGGACUUGGUGACGCCCGGCGAGGAUAUGUGUCAGGCAGCUGAACCGCAGCUACUGAGUUUGACUGCUUCGCCCCCGGGUGGAUCCCAAUCAGUUCUCGAGGCACCUUCGGAUGCGUCGGAGGACGUAUAG